GUUUCUGUGGGAGUCCGUCUUUAAAAUUUUAAAUGGCAUUUUUAAUACGUCAAAAUAAGAAAUGUUUACAACAUUUUCAGGUCGCUUUAAAAGUGUGUCGGUAUUAUAACGGUAAAGCUAUGCCCAUUACUGAAGAACACAUUAGGAGUAAGUUACAAAAGGAACUCGAAGCAGCAUAUGUGCUAGGAGUAACAUUAGCAUUCAUUUAGGAGGUCAUAGAUCAUUCGGAUGGUUGUGGAGAGAAAUUUUCGUGCCUAGUUGUAUCUGAUAAGUUCAAAGGGAAGCCUCUGCUACAGAGACAUAGAUUAGUUAAUAAUAUUCUACAAGAAGAAUUGAAAAAUAUACACGCCUUCUCGCAACAGACGUUGACGCCCGAACAGUGGGCCGAACGGCAGUAAGACAUGUCAAGUUUGGGUAGUAAAUCUUUUAGCUAUAAUAAAAUUCGAAACGGUACUGAAUUUAAUGUUUCUGCUCCUGGCAAAGUAAUUCUCCAUGGCGAACACUCAGUAGUUUAUGGGAAGCUAGCCAUAGCUGCUAGCUUAGGACUCAGAACUAGGAUAAAUCUAGUUGAGAUCGACAGUCCCGAUAGUCUUGUUUUUAAAAUUGUACCUAUGGAUUUUGAGCAUAUUUUUAGUCUAAAGGAUAUAGAAAAAUUACUCUUAACGGAAUCCCCUGCAAUCAGUUCCGACGAUUCAAAGUUCAACUGGGAAAAUCCUAAAAUGAUAGAACACCAAUCACAGUUGAGGAUAGUGGAGACUGCCUUGGACGCCACUUUACAGUCUCAUCGUAGCGGACGCUACGAAACAGCAUUGAAAUCUAUAAAAUGCUUGUUUUAUUUCAUUUCUGGUAUUCUGUCGUCGACCGUUGUCAAAUUGAAGCCGUUGCUGAUUUGUGUCGAUUCUGAUCUGAAAAUGGGAGCUGGAACGGGCAGUUCGGCAAGUUUCUCUGUUGCCUUGGCAACAACUCUUAUUCAUUAUCUGAAACUGGCUACUCUCGAUUUGGACAAUGUUUCUAAGAAAAACUUCAAACCAUCAUCAUGGACUCUGGAAGAAAUAGAACGGCUGGAUGGGCUUAGCGAUCGCCAAUUAAAAGCAAUAUGCACGUGGGCUUUUUGUGGAGAAAACCUGUUUCAUGGAACACCAUCAGGAUUAGAUAAUACUAUAUGUACAUACGGCAACAUGGUUAAGUUUCGUAGAGGCGAACAACCCACCAUCCUCAAACUCUCCAAUGCCUCAUUCGACGUCCUUCUCAUCGAUACUCACGUGGCACGCGAGACGUUCAAACUGGUGGCCCGCGUUGCCAAACUUCGCGAAGCUUUUCCCGCUCUCGUCUCGCACAUACUGGACGCAAUGGAGGAUCUGACAACGCGUGCGGCCGAUCUUAUUGUCGGUAUUGACGGCGCCACCGAAACACCUUUGGAUGACUUCCACGACUUGGCAACGCUGGUGCAAAUGAACCACGGGCUGCUGUGCGCACUGGGCGUGUCGCAUCAGAAACUGGAAGAGGUUAUCAUGAUAUUAGAAAAGCAUGAUCUCAAAGGAAAACUGACAGGAGCUGGAGGUGGUGGAUUUGCGAUUGCGCUGUUGCCGCCUGACUACGAUCCAGAAGAAGUGGUGCGUAAAUUGAACGAGAGAGACUUUGGAGUGAUGUGUACAAAGUUGGGUGGUGAGGGGGUAAAAAUUGAGUAAUUUUAUUGUGUUUGUAGCUUGAACUUUUUUACAUGCAUAAAAUAAAUAAAUAAUUUCAUUAAUUAUU